CGCAGACAGCCUUUCGUUUCGCUCAAAAGAUCCACGAACUGAAAUCGAAACUUCAGAGUUGGUUGGGCUUCGGGAGUGUGUGCAUGUGUUGUAAGCGCGCGCCUGCGAAUCAUGGCUUGCGCGUUCGCCGCGGAAAAGCUGAGCGAGGGCGUGCAAUGCGACAGCACCAAGCCGAGUGUGCCCCAUCGAUUAAAUAUAGACCUUCUGGCUAACCAGGAAGAGAAAAUGUUCGUCGGUGAUUCCGUCGCAAGUCUGAACGAACCUAUGAACGUCGGAUUCGAAAAUGUGUCAUACAGAGUGGCCGAAGGAUUUUUCAAUAGAGGAACAAAACUACUCCUGAAUGGUGUCUCUGGAGAAUGCAUGGCGGGGGAAUUGACUGCGAUAAUGGGCCCGUCCGGCGCUGGAAAAUCAACAUUGAUGAACAUUUUAGCAGGAUACACAACAGGUGCAACUGGUCAGCUCUUAAUAAACAAAGAAUUGAGACAUGAGGACAGUUUUCGACGGCAGUCCUGUUAUAUCAUGCAGAAUGAUCAAUUGCAGCCUCUGCUUACUGUUAUGGAAUCCAUGAAUGUAGCAGCAAAUUUGAAAAUGAGUACCAAAAUAAGCCAAAGAAAGAAGAAAGAAAGGAUUGAGGAGAUUUUACACACAUUGACACUGUGGGAACACAGAAAGGUUAGAACGCAGUCAUUAUCAGGAGGUCAAAGAAAGAGGCUCUCUAUUGCUCUGGAACUUUUGAAAAAUCCGCAAAUUAUGUUUUUCGAUGAACCCACCAGCGGCUUGGAUAGUAUGACAUCCAAACAAUGUGUGUCCAUAUUGAAAGAUCUCGCUAGUACCGGAAGGACAAUCAUCUGUACCAUUCACCAACCCAGUGCUUUGAUUUUCGAGAUGUUCGAUCACCUUUACGUUUUAGCUAGAGGCCAUUGCGUCUACCAAGGUGCUGUAAGGCAGCUGUUACCUUACCUCAGUGAUAUAAACUUGAUAUGUCCUCCCUAUCACAAUCCUGCCGAUUUUGUAUUGGAAGUUGCAGCAGGAGAUUUAGGUGAUCAUUUUGCUGCUUUACUCGAUAGAAGUGCCAAUGGCACAAGGGAUGACUGGAGAGAGAUAAAAAAACAAAAUUUCAACCCAAUGGCAGCUUGUUCAAGUAAAACCAUUCAGCAAAGCCGGUUAACACCUUUGAACAUACCUCAAGUGAUAUUCCGAAGAAUGAAGAGUUCCGAUAGGGACAAAACUACAACAUGUUGCGAGUCUGAAUAUGCCACAUCUUCAUUACAUCAGCUUCUAGUCCUUAUUAAGCGGAAUUAUAUUAUUUUAAGUAGAGAUAGAACCCUGACUUACUCAAGGAUUGCGACACACGUCACAAUCGCCCUUUUUAUAGGAUAUCUAUAUUAUGGUAUCGGGAUAGAAGCGCAAAAUAUGCUCAACAAUUUCAAUUAUAUGUAUUUCUCAGUGAUGUUUCUGAUGAUGACAGCGUUCAAUUGCGUGUCGACAACCUUUCCAUCUGAGCUGCCAAUUAUUAGUAAGGAAUACUUCAACAAGUGGUACUCUUUGAAAUCUUAUUUUCUAGCAGUAACUCUGGCUGACGUUCCUAUUCAGGUCAUAGCGACGUUACUCUAUUCCUCAAUAACAUAUAUUCUAACGAAACAACCUACGGAUGAACCUUAUCGAAUAGCAUUCUUCAUGUUCAUGUGUGUACUUGUGUCUCUAGUAGCACAGAGCUUUGGAUUGUUGAUUGGUGCAAGCAUGAACGUCAAGAAUGGUGUUAUAUUCGGACCUUUCUGUUUCCUUCCAUUCACAAUCUUCUCAGGGUUCUUCGUGCAGUACAGCGCUGCCCAUCCGUUUUUUCGAUGGAUUUUCCACAUAUCCUUCCUGAAGUAUGGUCUGGAAGGUUUGGUAUUAGCUGUACUAGGAUACGGAAGAGGAAAGUUGCCUUGUGAAGCCGACUACUGCCAUUAUGUACAUCCCAGGAAAUUUUUACGUAACAUGGAUAUGGACACAGCGGAUUAUUGGUUAGGGGUUUCAUUCAUGAUAUGUUUGAUAGCUCUCAUAAGAAUUGGUGCGUUUUGUGCACUAAGUAUACAAGUGAGAAGUCGUGGAUAGUGAUAUAACUGAAUAUUUCAAAAUGAUAUUUUGACAACGGAGGUCAUUUGCAUCUCCACUUUUAUCAUCACUUUUUGAAUUUUAUUGAAUUUUUAUACUUAUUAAUUAUUCCAUGUAGGAAUAGGUUUUUAGAAGAAUUAUCUUCAUUGUUUUUGGGGAUGGAUUGUCUGAGGUCCGCGAAUAUUUUAAUCGUGAAAUUCCUCUGAUAGGUGCGAAUUUUCAGCUCAAUGGAUUUAUAUUUUUAUAAAAUAUAUAAUAAUCAAACAAAUGCUUAGAAGCGGAACGAGAAUGCAAUAAAUUUCGUUGUUCGGUCCGGAUAUUUUAUUAUUUGUGAGUGUGAAAAAAUAUUUUGAUCAAAAUAUGGGUAAUGUAAUGCUAAUGUAUGUUAUCCUUUCUCGAACGUCUUCGUCUUCCUUAUACUUUUUCCAAUUUAUUCCUUUGAGAUCUCAUCAUCCCAAAGAUUCCUCAUACAUAUCACAAGUUUUUAUUAGUAAAAACUUAAAGAAAUUAAGAUGGAUUAAAAGGAAUAAAGUAAAUUGAUAAGUUCAAAAAACGCAUAUCUUCCAUAACAAGUGUUCAGAAAAUUUUGUAGAGGACCUCAGACGACCUCAUGUUCCUUUUCUAUGUUAGGCCUACCUACCAUCUUGAGGGUCUGGUAAGAUGGUAAUACUCUGUACCUUGAUAAAGUUACCAAAGGUGACAUAUUUUCCGAAAUGAGAAGCCUUGUGUUCAUUUUGAAGGACAAUAAACGUUCUUAAUUCAUAUUUUGUAAAUAAAUGGUGAAGGAAUAUCAUCUCAUCCUUCUCAGUACAAUGAAUCUAUGCCACUUUAAGUACAAGGAAAUAUUUUCAUUUUGAGAACAUUCCAAAUAUAGUCAAGGAUAUCUGUGAUCGAAAAAUCCACAAGACCAACCAAGAUUGUGCUUGAUCAAAAUGAAUUUUAAACAUUAUAAGAUUUAUAAUCAAAUAUAUUUUUAUCAUCUUUAAUAA